AAUGUGUAUCGAGAGGCAAAAAGAGAGAGGAAAAAUAAAAUGGGGCUAGAAUUGCUGAGUUCAAUCCUGGCAGUUGUGGCUGCAACAUAUGUUAUUGUGUUUGGUUUCUUAAAAAAUAUAAAUGAAUGGUACUAUGUUACUAGGUUGGGGAAGAAGAAAAACACCCUGCCUCCUGGUGAUAUGGGAUGGCCCUUCAUCGGCCACAUCUAUUCCUUCUUCAAAGCUUUCAAUUCCCAGGACCCAGACACCUUCAUCACCGACUUGAUUAAAAGGCAUGGGAAAACAGGCAUUUACAAAACCCAUUUGUUUGGGAGUCCAACCAUCAUAGUCUGCAGUCCGGAGCUCUGCCGCAAGGCAUUGGCCGAUGAACACGUUCUGUUCGGCUACCCUUCAUCGGCAAAACAACUAGCGGGGAAGAAAUCGCUGUAUGGAAUUACAGCCACGGAGCACAGGCGUUUGCGUAAGAUAGCGAUGAAUCCCAUCAAUGGAGACGAAGCACUAGCCUCCCAUAUCGAGCUUAUCGAAGGGAUUGUGACCAGCUCAUUGGAAGAGCUUUCCUCCAUGAAAGGACCCUCCAAUUUCUUCUAUGAGAUGAGGAAGAUCACUUUCAAGGUUAUCGCACACAUUGUGUUGGGCACCACUGAAGAGUCGGUUCUUUCGUCACUGGUUAAAUGUUACAACGAUUUGUUCCCCGGCAUUGUUUCCGUGCCCGUUAAUAUCCCUGGUUUUGUGUUCCAUCGAGCACUUGAGGCCAGAAAAAUGCUGCUCAAGAUAUUUAAAGACAAAGUAGCAGAAAGAAGAGCCAAAAGUAAGGAGCCCGACUCCAAGAAAGAAAUGAUUGAUUAUUUCAUGGAAGCAGAAUACGACAAUGGUGAAAAACUGGAUGAUGAGCAUCUCAUGGAUUUGUUGCUGAUAUUCUUGUUCGCCGGUCACGAAACCGCGGCUCACACUGCAAUGUGGGCAACCAUCUACCUCCAUCACCAUCCUGAAAUGUUGCAAAAAGCAAAGGAAGAACAGCAGGGGGUCAUAAAGAGAAGGCCAUCUUCCCAGAAUGGCCUGACCCUCACUGAAAUCAAGCAGAUGGUCUAUCUGCCCAAGGUGAUUGAUGAGUCGAUGAGAAGAGCCAAUUUCGCCUUCACGCUGUUUCGUCAGGUUGAAACUGAUGUUAACCUUAAUGGUUAUACCAUACCUAAUGGAUGGAAAGUUUUGGUUUGGAGUAGGGCUAUUCAUAUGGAUCCUACCAUUUAUCCAAACCCAAAAGAGUUUCUUCCUUCGAGAUGGGAGAACCCUGGAUUGAAGGGGAAAAAUUUCAUUCCCUUUGGAGGAGGGAGCAGAUUCUGCCCUGGUUCUGAGCUAGGCAAACUGGAGGUCUCCAUUUUCCUCCACUAUUUCCUCCUCAAUUACAAGCUUGAAGAGAUAAACACAAAUGUACCGACUAUCACCCUACCAUUGACACGUCCGGCAGAUAACUGUCUCGCAAGAAUCGUUAAGCUUCCAUAAUCAUGUCGACUGGAAUUAAAUUGUUACUUUCCCUUCUUCACCUUAUUUCUACCUAAAAACACAUGAUUGUGUGUAAUAAGAUGCUCUUUCAAUAGAGAAAGAAAUUUUAAAAAAGAUAGAUCGUGUGU